ACAAAAAAAAAACAAUUCUUGUCUAAAACUUAGAAGUAUGAAGCAGCCCUUGUCAUUCGUUGGGGACUGACAGCAACAAAGGCCUUGCCGAAACUUAGCAUUAUGAACCUUCUCACAGGCACGGUCACCACACAAGCAUGCCAGUUAAACACAGCCGCGCGAGCGUACACGCUCACGUGCACGCACGCGCACAGAGAUACGCACGAGCAUGCGCACUCGCUCACGUGUUCACGCGCACAAUUGUGCUGUUGCGUUGUUCCAAAGUUUCUGAGAAGCGGCCGCACGGGCUCCGCGGUCCGAGAUGCCCAAGCUGCCCGCAGGCAGCAGUGUUCCGCCGACGGGCUGGGCGAAUGGCGACCGCGACGUCCCGCAGGCGGAGGUCGGCGGCGGGAGGCGGGAGCCGGCCCCUACGGGGCCUGCGGAGCCCGGGGAAGGUCGGAUGACGGACGAGGACAGAGAAGGCCCGGUGGCUGGGCCACGCGGCGGGAGGCGGGAGCCGGCCCCAGCGCAGCCUGUGGAGGCCAGGGACCGUCCGAUGGCGGCGGCCAGGGAAGGUCCAGUGGCGGAUGCCAGGGAAGGUCCGAUGGCGGCGGCCAGGGAAGCCCGGAUUGCAGAGGUUGCCCGAUUGUUGGCGGAGCCAGCAGAGGAAGAGGGUCCUGAGGGCAGACGCCGGUCCAGGCCCGGGAACAGCCCCGGCCUGGCUGCGUUGCCGAAUCUCCGCCUCCGUCACCCACUUGGCGUUUUAGGAAUUAAUUAUCAGCAGCUCCUCCGCCACUAUCUGGAACACUACCCGAUUGCUCCCGGCAGAAUUCAGGAGCUUGAAGGACGCCGCAGGAGAUUUGUGGAAGCCUGCAGAGCAAGGGAAGCAGCGUUUGAUGCCGAAUAUCAGCGGAAUCCUCAGAGGAUGGAUUUUGAUAUUUUAACAUUUAGUAUAACUCUGACUGCAUCUGAAAUUAUCAAUCCUCUGAUAGAAGAACUUGGUUGUGAUAAGUUUAUCGGUAGAGAAUAAUUUAGUGAUGAAACUACUUCAAGAACCUCUGCGUCCAGUACAGUCAUACCAAUCCUGUAACUUGAUUUUAAAAAGUCAAAGUAUUUGAGAAUAAGGCAAGGCACAGUUGAAAAAGAAAAGGAAGCUUAUCAAGAAAAACCAUCAGAAAAGAAAUAGAAGAAAAUAAAAAACGUUAUGACUCCUCUAACGUCCUUUGAGUUUGUGAUUGAUCCAGAUUGUUUUCCCUGCAUUGUGGAAAUGUCUUUUAGAAUUGCUUCACUAAAGUGAAGAAUGGUUUUACAUAAUGGAGACUUGAUGAAGAAAAACUGCCAAUAGAGCCCAUAGUGUAAGAUUGAUUUUGUGUUUUCUGAGGCAUUUCAAAUGAAAGGCAAAGUAAAUACUGUAUAUAUUACAUGAUAAAUUAUGUAUUCAAGACUA